UACCGCUUCGACCACGUCUGCGACGCCGACGCGCACACGACGGAGGUCUACGACCACGCCUGCCGGUCCAUCGUCGGCGACCUCGUCUGCGGCCGGAGCGGCACGCUCCUCGCGUACGGCCAGACGGCGUCGGGCAAGACGCACACGAUGCAGGGCUUCAUGCGCCUCGCGUGCGAGCAGAUCUUCGAGGCCGAGGGCGAGACGACGGUGUCCUGCGUCUACCUCGAGGUCUACAACGAGGCCGUGCGCGACCUGCUGAACCCCGAGUCGGCCGUCGCGCUCCGCGAGGAGAAGCACCGGGGCGUCUACGUCGCCGGCGCGCACCGCGUCGUCAUCCGCGACCCCAACGAGCUCGACGCGCUGCUGAAGCGCGGCGAAAAGCGGCGGCGCAUCGGCAAGACGCGCAUGAACUCGCGGAGCUCGCGGAGCCACGCGGUGCUCCAACUCCACGUGGCGACGGACGUCCGCGGCGUCGUGUUCUCGGCCACGCUCAGCCUCGUGGACCUCGCCGGGUCGGAGAAGCCCCGGCGGUCCCGGGCCGAGCACCCG